AUGGCAAAUUCUGAAAGUGUUGAAGAAAUGCAAGAAAAUUAUCAGAGAAAUAGAAAACUGCAAGAACUGCCCAAAGUAAGACAGCAAGUUGUUGGACCUACUGAGAUAUUUCUCAUUGCUGAUGGACUGGACAUCACACUCAUGAUCCUAGGAUUACUAGCAUCACUAGUAAAUGGGGCCUGUCUUCCUGUAAUGUCACUGAUUUUAGGAGAAAUGAGUGACAGCCUUAUCAGUGGAUGUCUAGUCAAAACCAACACAACAAAUUAUCGGAACUGUACUCAGUCUCAAGAUAAGGUGAAUGAAGAUAUGAUUGUGUUGAUCCUGUAUUAUGUUGGAAUAGGAGUUACUACCAUGGUUUUUGGCUACAUACAGAUUUCCUUUUGGGUUAUGACUGCAGCUCGACAGACCACGAGAAUUUGAAAACAGUUUUUUCAUUCAAUUUUGUCUCAGGACAUCAGCUGGUUUGACAGUUGUGACAUCGGUGAACUUAAUACUCGCAUGACUGAUGACAUCAACAAAAUCAAUGAUGGUAUCGGAGACAAGAUUGCUCUGUUGUUUCAAAACAUGUCUACUUUUUCUGUUGGCCUGGCGAUUGGUUUGGUGAAGGGCUGGAAACUCACCCUGGUGACUCUGUCCACAUCACCUCUUAUAAUUGCUUCAGCAGCCAUGUUUUCUAGGGUAGUUAUCUCAUUGUCCAGUAAGGAAUUAAAUGCUUAUUCCAAAGCUGGGGCUGUAGCAGAAGAAGUCUUGUCAUCAAUCCGAAGAGUCGUAGCCUUUCGGGCCCAGGAAAAAGAAAUUCAAAGGUAUACACAGAAUCUAAAAGAUGCAAAGAAUGUUGGCAUGAAAAAAGCUGUAGCUUCGAAACUCUCUUUUGGUGCUGUGUACUUCUUUAUGAAUGGAACCUACGGACUUGCUUUUUGGUAUGGAACCUCCUUGAUUCUUAGUGGAGAACCUGAGUAUACCAUCGGAACUGUUCUUGCUGUAAGUCUUAUUUGAGAACAAAGGGGUUUUUUUAGUGUAAUCCAUAGUAUUUAUUGCAUUGGAGCAGCAGCCCCUAGCUUUGAAACCUUCACCAUAGCCAGAGGAGCCGCCUUUAAUAUUUUCCACAUUAUUGACAAGAAACCUGCUAUAGAUAAGUUUUCAACAACAAGCUCUAAAUUGGAAUGCAUAGAAGGAAGUGUGGAAUUUAAAAAUGUUUCUUUCAGUUAUCCAUCAAGACCAUCUAUCAAAAUUCUGAAAGGUCUGAAUCUCAGAAUUAAGUCUGGAGAGACAGUAGCCUUGGUUGGCCCCAACGGCAGUGGGAAGAGUACAGCAGUCCAACUGCUGCAGAGGUUAUAUGAUCCUGAUGACGGCUUUAUCACGGUGGAUGGUAACGACAUCAGAACUUUAAAUGUGCAGCAUUAUCGAGAACAUUUUGGAGUGGUCAAUGAAGACAUUGAAAAAGCUGCAAAGGAAGCAAAUGCUUAUGAUUUUAUAAUGGAGUUCCCCAUGAAAUUUAAUACCAUGGUAGGGGGAAAAGGAGCUCAAAUGAGUGGAGGACAGAAACAGAGGAUUGUGAUUGCUCGAGCUUUAGUUCGAAACCCGAAGAUUCUGAUCUUAGAUGAGGCUACUUCUGCCCUAGAUACAGAAAGCGAAUCAGUGGUUCAAGCUGCACUGGAGAAGGUAAAAGUGUACAAAAAGAGUAGGCCUAAUGAAAAGCCUACACUUAGUGCUGGUGUAAGACCCUACUCAAAAUCAUCUAUAAAAGAUGGGAUGGUGGUGGAAAAAGGAACACAUGCUGAACUAAUGGCAAAACAAGGUCUAUAUUAUUCACUUGCAAUGUCACAGGAUAUUAAAAAAGCUGAUGAACAGAUGAACUCAAUGGCAUAUUCUACUGAAAAAGAUAUCAGCUCAAUUCCUCUGUGCUCUAUGAAUAGCAUCAAGUCAGACUUUACUGACAAGUCUGAGGAAUCCAUCCAAAAUAAAGAGAUAAGUCUUCCUGAAGUUACUCUAUUAAAAAUUUUUAAAUUAAACAAGUCUGAAUGGCCUUCUGUGGUUCUGGGGAUAUUGGCUUCUGUUCUAAAUGGAACUGUUCAUCCAGUAUUUUCCAUCAUCUUUGCAAAAAUUGUAACUAUGUUUGAAAAUGAUGAUAAAACCACAUUAAAGCAUGAUGCAGAAAUUUAUUCCAUGAUAUUUGUAAUUUUGGGUAUUAUUUGCUUUGUCAGUUAUUUCAUUCAGGGAUUAUUUUAUGUCAGAGCAGGGGAAAUUUUAACCAUGAGAUUAAGACACUUGGCAUUUAAAGCCAUGUUAUAUCAGGGUAUCUCCUGGUUUGAUGAUAAGGAAAACAGCACAGGAGCCUUGACAACAAUAUUAGCCAUAGAUAUAGCACAAAUUCAAGGAGCAACAGGAUCAAGGGUUGGUGUCUUAACACAAAAUGCAACUAACAUGGGACUUUCAGUUAUCAUUUCUUUCAUAUAUGGAUGGGAGAUGACACUCUUGAUUCUGAGUAUUGCUCCGGUACUUGCUCUGACAGGAAUGAUUGAAAUGGCAGCAAUGACUGGAUUUGCCAACAAGGAUAAGCAAGAACUUAAGCAUGCUGGAAAGAUAGCAACCAAAGCUGUGGAGAAUAUAUGCACUACAGUGUCAUUCACAAGAGAAACCUUCGAGCAAAUGUAUGAGGAGAUGCUUCAGACUCAGCACAGAAAUACCUUGAAGAAAGCACAGAUCAUUGGAAUCUGUUAUGCAUUCAGCCAUGCCUUUGUAUAUUUUGCCUAUGCAGCGUGUUUUCGAUUUGGAACUUAUUUAAUUCAAGCAGGACAAAUGACCCCAGAGGGCAUGUUCAUAGUUUUUACUGCAAUUGCAUAUGGAGCUAUGGCCAUUGGAGAAACACUUGUUUUGGCACCUGAAUAUUCGAGAGCCAAAUCUGGGGCUGCACAUCUGUUUGCUUUGUUGGAAAAGAAACCAACUAUAGACAGCUAUAGUCAAGAACGGAAAAAACCUGACAUAUGUGAAGGGAAUAUAGAGUUCCGAGAAGUCUCUUUCUUCUAUCCAUGCCGCCCAGAUGUUCUAAUCCUUCACAGUUUAUCCCUCAGCAUUGAGAAAGGGAAGACUGUAGUAGCAUUUGUUGGGAGCAGUGGCUGUGGGAAAAGCACUUCUGUCCAACUUCUGCAGAGAUUUUAUGACCCAGUGAAAGGGCAAGUGCUCUUUGAUGGUGUGGAUGCAAAGGAAUUGAACGUACAGUGGCUGCGUUCCCAAAUAGCAAUCGUUUCUCAAGAGCCUGUGCUAUUCAACUGUAGCAUUGCUGAGAACAUUGCCUAUGGUGAUAACAGCCGUGUCGUGCCAUUGAAUGAGAUAAAAGAAGUAGCAAAUGCAGCGAAUAUCCACUCUUUUAUUGAGAGUCUCCCUGAGAAAUACAGCACACAAGUUGGACUGAAAGGAACACAGCUUUCUGGCGGCCAGAAACAAAGACUAGCUAUUGCAAGGGCUCUUCUCCGAAAACCAAAAAUUUUAUUGUUGGAUGAGGCCACUUCAGCCCUUGAUAAUGAGAGUGAAAAGGUGGUUCAGCAUGCCCUUGAUAAGGCCAGUAAGGGGAGGACGUGCCUAGUGGUAGCUCACAGACUCUCCACGAUACAGAAUGCAGAUUUGAUAGUGGUUCUGCACAAUGGAAAAAUAAAGGAACAAGGAGCUCAUCAAGAGCUCCUGAGAAAUUGAGACAUAUAUUUUAAAUUAGUAAAUGCACAGUCAGUGCAGUGA